CCUGCACGUAACACUUCCUGCCUGUUGCCAAGAUCAACGGGGUUAUUUUGUGGCGAUUGCAAUUUGACGACAAGCUAGUAUUCGUGUCACAGAACAAUUAGGACGGCCCUAAACUGGUAGCCUGCUUUUCUAUAUUUGCUGUACGAUUGCCUCUUCUUGAGCUCAAAGGAGUAAUUGUUGCGGCUGUGGCGAAAUGGCUGAGGACGAGCCAGCGCGACUUGGAGGCGAGGGGAAAGCGAGUAGAAAGCGCAAGAAGAAGCGGGCGCCCGAGGCGGAUGAUGCCGCGGAGACGGCCAAGCGCCUCAAGCGCGGCCCCGCGGUGGAUCUCAAAUCCAUCACGGACAAGAAGCUGAAGGGCAAGCUGCGGCGGGUGGAGGGCGUCAUCCAGGCCUCGCAGAAGAAGGCGGCCAAGAUCAAUGAGUGGCUGCUGCCGGCGAGCGCGGGGACACUGGAGGCGGAGGGCGUUGAGCGCACCUGGAACUUCAAGCAGGAGUCGGUGGUGGCCGCGGUGGACUCCACCGCCGCCGCCAAGGCCUUUGACCUCUCGCUGCCCGAGCUGGGCCCCUACAGCCUCACCUUCAGCCGCAACGGCCGCUUCAUGCUGAUGGGCGGCGGCAAGGGACACCUGGCGCUCAUGGACUGGCAGCGGUCGCACCUGGUGUGCGAGGUGCAGGUCCGCGAGACCGUGCGCGACGUGACGUUCCUGCACAACGAGACGUUCUGGGCGGCAGCGCAGCGCAAGUACGUGUACAUCUACGACAAGCGGGGCCUGGAGGUGCACUGCCUGCGCGACCACACGGAUGUGCACGCGCUGGACUUCCUGCCGCACCACUUCCUGCUGACGUCCAUCGGGGAGCACGGCGUGCUUCGCUACCAGGACACCAGCACCGGCCACAUCAUCGCGCAGCACAAGACCCGGCUGGGGUCGUGCGGCGUGAUGCGGCACAACCCGCACAACGCGGCGGUGGUGCUGGGGCACGCGCUGGGCUGCGUGACCAUGUGGACGCCCAACCUCACCACACCCGCCGUCAAGAUGCUGUGCCACAAGGGCCCAGUAACUGCUCUGGCAGUUGACCCCGGCGGCAACUACCUGGCCACCGCCGGCGCCGACUCGCACAUCAAGGUGUGGGACCUGCGCAAGCUGCAGCCGCUACACUCGUACUUCAGCUACGCGCCCGUCACGCGCAUGGACAUCAGCCAGCGGGGGCUGCUGGCGGUGGGGUACGGGCGCAAGGUGCAGGUAUGGCAGGACGCGCUGCGCACCAAGGUGCAGUCGCCGUACAUGACGCACCAGCUGCCGGCGGGCGUACUGCACUCCUUCCAGUUCUGCCCCUACGAGGAUGUGCUGGGGAUAGGCCACUCGGCGGGCGUCAGCACCAUGCUCGUACCCGGCGCUGGCGAGCCGAACUUCGAUUCGUUCGUGGCCAACCCCUUCCAGACGGUUCGGCAGCGGCAGCAGCAGGAGGUGGUGGCGCUGCUGGACAAGCUGCAGCCGGACACCAUCGUGCUGGAUCCGGACAGCGUGGGCAGGGUGCGCAAGGAGCCGGCGGCGGUGGUGCAGCAGCGGCGCGCGGAGGAGCAGGCGGCCAACGCGGCCCGACUGGCGGCCUCGCGGCGCAAGGCGGAGGACAAGGAGAAGAUGAAGGGCAAGAACAGGCCCAGCCGGCGUCACCGCAAGAAGCAGAGCAACAUCAUCGAGGACCGCAAGCCCACGAUCAAAGAGAAGCAGAAGGAGGAGGCAGCCCGGCGGAAAGAGGCGGCAGAGAAGAAAGCGGAGAACGCCAUUCCAGAGGAUGCGCCAAGGGCCGUCCGGCGCUUUUACAAGCAGUAGGGCGAAUAGCAGAGGUGGAGGCCAUUUGUGGCUGGUGUUGCAUGUGGCUCUUGCUGCAAGCGAUUGCUUGUAAGCUGUGCACAGGACGUUGUCCACGGUAUGCUAGGCGAUGCCGUCCAUGUAAGGACAAGCAGGUUACAGCGAUUUGACCCAGCUCUGGCGUGGUGGGAAGUCUCCUUUGCCAGUUUUCUAGUGGGAAUUUCCUGUCAUAAGCAUGGCGCUGAGUAGGAUCCCCGGAGGUUUCCGAAGGGCGCUCCGGAACCCCAAGUUCGGAAGGGCGCGCAGGUGAUGCCAACAUUGCUAAGUGUCUUUUGGCCUUGCCAAACUACUGUAACAUAAGAGAAGUCG